UCGAUCAUGCGCACAAGGCGGACACACACCACGCGUGUCUCUUUCAUCUAAGUCUGUGCUGCUCGCAUCUGAGUCUACAUCAGCGUCCUCUAUGUGAAUAUCUUGGCGUUUUUGAUCUUGGUGGUCUAGUUUUUCAUUGGAUGAUAAUUGAUUGUAGUUCUUCCGGGGAGGUCGCGAUUCUGUAAGCAAUUAGAAAACGAUCUUAGAAAAAGUACUGACUGUUAAUAAACAUCGGAAUAAGGAAUUGAUUUAUAUCAUAAUGGGUAAAGAGUCACCCAAAAUAGCUGUACUAGGUGCCGGAGUCGUGGGUUCCACAGUAGCAAAAAUAUUACAGGAACAAGUGAGAAAUGUUGACAUUACAAUCAUAGCUGAUAACUUUAGAGAGGAGACAGUGAGUGCGGUGGCCGCUGGCAUCUUCCGCCCGAGCACCAGUUUCCGAGGAGCGACGGCGGAAAUUACGAAACGAUGGAUCAACAACUCUUGGUACUUCUGGCAGGAUAUCCUCAAAUCGUCCGAAUCAGCUCAAGCUGGCGUCAUUUCAUUCGGUACUUAUAUCUUCUCGAAAGAAAAUUACCACAACACCAGAAAUCACCUGAUAGAAGACUUAGUUCCAAUCUACCGAGCUGUAGAUGAGAAUGAAUUGAAAAUUUGCGGGGAGGGUUGGAAAUACGGAUCAUACUUUAACACUGUGAAGAUAGGUUGUGAUAAUUAUUUGCCAUGGGUGGAGAGAUCUUUCGUCGCGAAUGGUGGAAAAGUAGUACAGAAAUACAUCAACAGUUUUUCGUCCCUUCCUGAAUACGAUUUAGUAUUUAACUGUACGGGCCUUGGAGCGAAGUAUCUGUGCAACGACCACGACUUAGUUCCAAUUCGGGGUCAAAUAUUCAAAGUUAAAGCUCCAUGGUUAAAGACUGCAUUUUACGGCGAUUACGAUACAUACAUAAUACCUGGUCAUGACGGGGUAGCCACUCUCGGUGGAGUGCGGCAGUACAACAGUUAUAACCGGGACGUGUGCAAGUAUGACGCUGCAGCGAUCAUGGAGAGGUGUGUUCAACUGUUGCCGGCGCUGAAGAAUGCCGAGGUAGUCGCUCAGAAAGUGGGACUGCGUCCACACAGAGUCCCGGUAAGAGUGGAGAGAGAAAUAAUAGACCGUGUUAAAGUCGUGCACUGUUACGGACACGGGGGAUACGGGGUAACGUGUGCUCCGGGCACGGCUAUUGAUGCCGUAAACAUUGGCUUAGAUCUGCUUAGAUCUAAUAGUAAAAGCAAAUUAUAAUUUUAGUAUUUAUAAUAUUAUGAUGAGAUGAUUAUGUGAUGCGUCAUUUUACUAUUGUGGUAUUUAGCGUCCUUACUUGUAUCGAUACUAAUAUUAAGAAUUAAAUAUGAAUAAAUUGCUGCAUUGUUAACGUGUUCAAAAAUAACUUUCCAUUUAUUUAAACUGUAAUUUUUUUAUUAAUUUCUUGUUCAUUUCAUAAAUUUAUUAUUAUUUCACUAGCAUGUCAAUUAAACUUUUGUUAAAAAUAAGACAUUGCUGAAAUGGAAGAGCGAAGCCACCUGGUACAGGUAUGAUUUGCCUAAAAGGUGACUCCGGCCACUAGUUGCUGUAACUUAAGUUUUUAAGAGAAAAAUAUUAUUAUCAUUAAAAAAAUAUUAAAGAGAGAA